AUGAAGGUGGAAGGGGUCGAUAGCGAUGGGACCCCAUCCUCUCAUGAGUUCGUGCUCCACGAGCGACCACUGGCCGAUGAAGACCCUGACGGUGAAGCGACGGCAGGUGACGCGACAGCAUGCUACGAGCUGUCGACCAAGUUUGUGCGGGAGGUUGUCAAGCAGCUUGAGAAGCGCCUAAGAGAUCUGUCUCACCUCGAUGGCUCGAAGCUGUUCCUGUCAUCGAAGUACCUACAAGAUGAUGACAAGCGUGUCGCGGCGUUCAAGCGCUGGCUGAAGCAGCUCCAUGUGCUCUACCGCGACCUUGACGUCAACACUCCUUACAUCUCCACUCCUGCUCCUUCGUCCUCCCCUCCCGCCCGUGCCCUUUCUCCGCCUACCCUCUCUCUGCCAGACGCCACUACCGGUGCUCCUCCCCCCAAGGCUGCUGGGCUGAGUGGAGUAUCUCUCUCUGCUGCAUCUCUGCUGAUGGUUGUGCUGAUGGCGGGCCCAGAGAACGCACCGCCUCACCCCACUCUUCCCACGCCAACCAUGCUCGCAACACCGCGACUCUCGCAAUCCCCGCCCGUCGCCUCGCUGCUCGUGCGCAUCGCGCCCAUGGCCACGCGCGCAAUCAGCCAUGGUUUUCAUUUCGCUACUUCCAUCCCGCCAGUCCGCAAAGCCCGCACGCCUCCGACCCCGUCCUUUUCGCGUUCCCCAGGCCCUCCGCUCCGCCGCUCCGCUCACGCGCGGAGUUUUUCCGCGCGUGCGCAGUCGUCGCCCGCGGAGCCGGCGGGUCGAGGCGGAGCGGACGGGCGCACGCGCGCGGGGGGCUGCGCGGGGUUGCCGGUGGUGCACCACGCGCUGUUCAGCGCGCCGCAACUGGCGCCGGGGCACCGGUUUCCAAUGGGCGUGUUCGAGGCAAUUCACGCCAUGCUGCUGCGCGAAGGGGUGGUGCGCCCCGCGCAGGCGAGUUCGCGCGCAGUGCAGAGGCGCGGAGGGGGAAGGGAAGGGGGGAGGGGGAAGGGGGGAGGGGGAAAGGGGGGAAGGGGGAGGGGGGUUGUUGGGGGAAAGUUGAUGGGGCCAGUGGGAAUGUGCGUGUUGAUUGCGCCUUCGCCGUCCUGCCUGCACACUUACUCCCCCCUCUCUUCUCCUCCCCCAUCCAUGUUGCUUCCCAUUCCUCCGCCCGCUGUCAUCGCUCUCACUCGCGCUCCACCACCCUCUCGCUCUCCAGGUGGUCACGCCACACCCCAUGCCGCCCGUUUCCGACCUGCUUCGAGUAGGUCUGUCCCUCCCCUCCCUCCCCUCCAUUCCCUCCCGUCCCUCCCUCCCUUCCAAACCCCCUCGUGGUCUUCCUCCCCCCCCUCCUCCCCCCUCCUCCCCGCUCCUCCCCACCCCCCCUUGGUCCAUGUGCACUGUGCGCAGUACCUGGCGCAGGUCUGCCAGGGCGCGCUGCCCUCGGCUGCCAUGCGCCGCAUUGGCUUCCCCUGGUCGCCCACCCUCGUUAGACGAACUCUCGCCAAGGUGGCAGGCACGUUGGAGACGGCACAGCUGGCACUGGAGCAUGGACUUGCAUGCAGCACGGCAGGAGGCACGCACCAUGCGUUUCGAGCCCACGGGUCGGGCUACUGCAUUCUGAACGACCUUGCUGUCAUGGCCGCUGCCCUCACAGCCUCCUCCUCCCUGCACCCCUUGCCACCGCCCUCGCCACUGCCACCGUCGCCACUAGCAGCAGAGAUUUCGCCAACCCAAGAAGCAUCAGUGCAAUCACAAUCACAGACAGCAUCAUUGCCGUUGGUGUUGCCAGCGGCACCAUCAGCAGCAGCAAGUGCAGCUGGUGAGGGCGAGCAGGAGGACGACGUGUGGAGAGAGCUGCUGGAGGGAGCAGCAGGCGGUGGGAGCGAGAGGGCGGUGAUGAAGCGAGUGCAGCGCGUGGCAAUAGUCGACCUGGAUGUGCACCAGGGCGACGGCACAGCAGCCAUGCUGUCUGCAUGCCCUAGUGUGUUCACCUUCAGCAUGCACUGUGGCGCCAACUUCCCCUCCACCAAACAGAGCAGCGACUUGGAUGUGGACGUACCAGAGGGAACGGGGGAUGCUCAGUACCUUGCCCUGCUUGCUCACCACCUCCCCUCGGUACUCGCAUCAUUCCGCCCUGACCUUGUGUUGUACGAUGCUGGUGUCGACCCACACAAGGGUGACGCCCUCGGCAA